UUCUUUUAUUAAUGAUUAUAUAUUUAUAAUGCACGUCUUUAUUUUACUUGUACUUAUAACUGGAUCGUAUGGAUAUGAAAACAUAGCUCUAGGAAAACCAACCAAUCAAUCGACUACGUACAUGUUUUCAUGGAAUUCAGGGAAGGCAGUGGACGGAGACAAAAUAGAUAUCUCUUCUGUGGGUACUUGCGCAAUUUCUAAGGAUAAUAAAACUACAGCAUGGUGGUAUGUCGACCUGGGAAAGCACCUUCCCAUAGAUCGUGUCUCAAUUUUCUACAGGGGAGAAAACGCGUCAUUGUUAUGGGAAUCCGUCUUCAAAGGCCGAUUCUCUGGAUUCUUUCUGUACAUCUCCAAUGACACGAGUAAAGAAAAUGGGCACCUAUGCUACCACGAGAUCCUUGAUUCUCCAACACAGAACCAGAUUGUGGAAUGCCCUAGUAUAGGGAGAUAUGUUAUUUACUACAACGAGCGGGAUCCUAACAAAACGUACCCUGUAUACUACAAUAAGUACGCCUACAUAGAGCUCUGCGAGGUGGAAGUAUACGGUUGUCCAGAUGUCUCUCAAUAUGGCGAAGACUGUCUCAAUUGUUCUACUGGCUGCAAAGAUGGACGUUGCGACAUAAAGACGGGCACAUGUUCAUGUUUACAAGGAUUUACGGGCUUCUACUGCAACAAAAGUUGUGGUUAUGGUACCUAUGGAGAUCAGUGUAUGGGCCACUGUGGCGCAUGCCGUGAUGGAGAACCAUGUAAUCAUGUGACCGGAAGCUGCGUGAAUGGUUGUGCAGAGGGAAGGUACGGGGAUAAAUGUGUUGACGAAUGUCGGUCGGGGUAUUAUGGCUAUGAUUGUAACAGCACCUGCAGCGACACCUGUGUGACCCCGGGUCUGUGUAACAGAUACACAGGGAAGUGUCUAGGAGGGUGUCUGUCCGGAUACAAGGGGGAUAAAUGCGACUCAGAAUGUGAAAGUGGAAUGUAUGGGGUCUCGUGUAACAUGUCGUGUGGCUUUUGUUUCCAUGGAGAUACCUGUCACCAUGUCAACGGUUCUUGUUUACGUGGUUGUAGUGAAGGUUACCAAGGAGAAUUAUGUGACGAUGUGUGUUCAUUUGGAAAAUAUGGGUUAUUAUGUGAGCAUGAAUGCAGUGUGUUAUGUCAGAAACCACGUGAUUGUCACCACAUGACUGGCAAUUGUUUAAAUGGAUGCAGAGAGGGUUUCAUUGGACCACAUUGUAUGGAUGUUGAAGGUCCUGUAUUUAGCAGCGGAACCACGUAUGUUUUGAUAGCGAUUCUCAGCACUCUUGUUUUGGUGAACGUUGUCUGUAUUAUAGUGUUCAUUAUUCGAAGAUUUUCCCGCUCAAAAGACCCCAAAGCAGACGCAAGUGGGCCUAAAAAGACACCAAGGAUUGUAUAUGAGAACGAAAACUUCACAGAAAAAGAAAGCGGCAGUUCUUACCAGGAGUUGAAAUUGAAUUAA